GGCGGGGCUUACACUAUGUCUAAUUAAUUUAAAAUGGCUGACAACAAGAUGGCAAAUGAUCCUCAAAGCAAUGAAGAAUCCCACUGGAACGGCUCCCUCGUCCUCCUUGUCCCGUAUCUAAAGGAACUGGUCACAUACAUCUCCGUCUCCGCCAUGAUAUUCGGUGGAGUGGUCCCGUAUAUUCCCCAGUACAGGAAGAUCAGAAAGACAAGAGACUGUGAAGGGUUUUCAGUUUACGUCUGUCUCGUACUCCUAGUUGCUAAUAUACUUAGGAUAUUCUUUUGGUUUGGUGUCCACUAUGAGUUACCAUUACUCAUCCAGAGUCUCAUUAUGACAGUGACUAUGUUAGUAAUGAUGCACAUUUGUGUGACAGUAAAGAAAGAAUCAGCUCCAACAACAAUACACAGAUCAAUAUGGGAUAUAAAUUAUUUCUGGAAGUGGACCGAUUUCAGAGAGUACCUAAUCUUCACUGGACUAUUCUCACUUGUUGGAUUCAUCAUUACUCUCCUCCUCAUUAAUGUUAGUGUUUUUGUUGAGCUCUUAGGCUUCGCCUCACUCUUCACUGAGGCAAUGCUCGGCCUACCUCAGUUCUGGAGGAAUUAUAAACACAAAUCAACUGAAGGAAUGAGCAUACAGAUGGUGUUAUUUUGGUUGAGUGGUGAUACAUUCAAGACCAUAUACUUCAUAAUGAGAGGUGCUCCUGUACAGUUUGUGGUCUGUGGGUCUCUCCAGGUCAUGGUAGACAUUGCCAUCCUUUCACAAGUUGUGGUCUAUCGGAAGAAAAGGCAGCACUUCAUUAGUGCCAGUUUAUCAAUAAAGUCCUAAUCAUUGUUGAUUAUUAUUAUUAUACUAGACACUUUUUUAUUAUUGUUAAAAAUCUUAUUUUAUUUCUUUUUUUUCCAAAAAAAAUUAUUUCUCAUGCUA